AACCUAUAUUUCUCCUCUCUCUUUUUUAAAAAAAUCAACCGACUGGAUAUUUGUGCAACCAACCUGUAACGUGUAUCGCUUUUGUACGAAGACCAUACACUACAGAUCGAACCUCCGCUUUCAAGCCAUUUCCUUCCAUAUCUCUCGACUCCCGCCACGUCCAAGUGGGAAAUAAAAUGACAUCGAAUGAGAGUCAAUAUAUUUUGCAGCUACGGGCUCGACGCAGAAGAAGUGGAGAAAAACACAAGUAAAGGAACUGGAUUUCAACGACCGGGACGGCGCUAUAGAUAUAUUUUUGUGAAAGAGAGAGAAUAAAAGGUCGGGAGUCUAUAUCAGUCAACAAAAGUUCCUAUUCACCUGUCAGUGGAACGGAGUUGAAAAUAACUCCAUGAGUGAGAUUGAUUCCAUUCUGUCUUCCAUACCCAGGCACGCACACACACCCACCACACGCACAAUCGAAUCCCUUUUAUUAGACAGUCAAGUCUGUAAAUUGGUUCAACGAAUUCAAAGCGUCAAGAGAAAUUAAUGCAAACUCCUCUGAAGCUAUUGCGUGGCUGUCAAGGGCGCGUGAUUAUGUUUGGCGUCUUCUGAACUUUGACCUGCGACCACCCGGCGCCUCAUUUCGCUAGUGACAGUCCCUGGCAGCGGGUGCGACACAGAAGGGUGGCCAAUGGGUUGCCAUUCUUUGUUCGUUAGUUUACUUUCCACUCAAGGUGAAGAGGCUAAGGCCAGUCGACAACAUGAUUGUUUGUGACAUACGUAGUACAACCAUCAAGGCCAGUCUGCUUGGUGCUCACAACACCUGCAAUACAAGGUGUGUGGACAUUUAAUCAUAGAUGUUUGUGACUGAGAUGAUCUUUCUGCUUCGUGAACAUACAGAGAGAAAAUCUCUCACAAAUGUUUCGAUAAUCUGUGAGAUAAAAUAAUUCAUAUGUCUGAACAUGGGAGAGACAAAAGCUUAUAAGUGGUGACGAGACUAUCAUCAGUUUCUGAACAAGAAACCUUUAUCGAGUGUUCACAACAAAAUGUGGAUUCGCUAAAAUGAAUCUAUUGUGUUCAUUGUGUUCACAGGCAAAAAUAUGUACUGUGUUUUCAUUGUGAACAACCAACAUAACUGGACAUGUUUUAUCAGUCAAAGAAUUUGACAGAUUUUCCAACCAUAUAUUAGAUCAAGCAGAUCCAAUAAGCUCAGGUGAAAAUGAAAAAGAUGGUGAUUAAAUGUCAACCCACACACCACUAGCAGCUUGACAGGUGCAAGUCGUGAAUUCAAACAACGAGCAUGGUGCUAGCAGUCCACGGUUCUUGGACUCUUGUGGAGACUAGCAACCCUUGAGACCCACCACAUGUCACUUUUAGCAAGACCCAUGCACACGACAGGUGAGUCGGUCCCCGACACACGGAAUGUAUUGAGCUUAUAGUUCUCGGGUGUGAGUGGAUGGCUCUGUUUACACAUUAGAUCACCGAAACUGGUGGGACGACACGUACUGCCCUGCAGAGAACCUGUGGGAGAUUUCGGUUACCUGUUUGUUGCACGUUUACAGGUCGGCAAGAUGCCGGUUGUCCAUCGACCAUUUUUCUGUUCAAGAUUUUAAAUGAUCGCCAGCAUGCAGUCUUCAUCAGCCUUUCAUUCCUAGAAAGGAGAUAAGAACCGAGGGCUCCGUGGAGUAUUUCAGCAGUGAGCAGUCAUCAGAGUGGCACCUGUUGUACCAAGACAAGAGAAACUACUGCCUUGCCUUUGUGUCAUGGCUGCAUUGUCAAGGGAAUUCAGAUUCACAAAAGAAUGGAUUAAAUAGCCACCUACUAACGCAGGCAACUGUUUGGCAGCCGUUAAACAUUGGUCGGCAAAAUGAUGUACAGAGAGGUUAGACGUUCGUUGAGGGAGAAAGGUUUGGAUGUGAACAGUGAGCCGCCGAUAUCCACGUCUCUAAUGACAGUGUCGCUUAUGGCGCAAAUAACUCCGGGAGAAAAGGUGUUCAAGAUGGCGGAGCAGUCAUUCGACACCGUCGUCAUCCUUCAAACUCCACCAAACACCGACGACGACGAUAUCGUCUGCAGUUCACAGUGAUCGUCUGCCGGCCGUGUCGUCGUGCAAGCAGGUGGUGACGUCAGACUCUCACGAGAACAGCGCGUGCGUUGAUCCAGCCAAUCAGGCGCCGCGAAACAGCAAACGGCGGGAUCAGGCCCGCCGCCACUUGUCCCAGUCCCUCAAAGGGACGCAAACCAUGUUCCCAGCACUGCGACGGAUUCACAGUUUCAACGCGGCCUCUCGACGCUCGGACAUACCGUUGUCAAGGGAAACAGGAAGCCUGAAGCAUCGUGGGUUGGAUGAAGACAAGCGUGCAGGGAUCUCGGACAUGCGGCGGACAAAAAGCUUGAAAGAGGCAAGCGGAAGUGCAUUAUUUCCCUUGCCACUUUCUCUAGCGAGGCCGACUUGUCACCUUGACAUUAACUCUCUGGUUCAUGACCUUGACACGAGCUUAAAACAUCCGGCGCUGCUGUUGCGUAAGGUGGACGCACCCAACGGUCAUCGAGCCAACGGGUCGGAGAGCGACGUCAACGGCAACGACGACAACUUCGACUCCGACCUGCUUAUCGCGCCGUGGACACUCAAGCAUGCGCAGUACGCCAUGGAGUCGGCCAGUCGGGCCUUGACCCCGGCGCUCCGGAAUUUGAACAAACGACGGCUGUCGUCACGGGUGCGCACGCAGCAGUGGGUGAACCAGAUCGACACGGACAGUGAGCGCAGUUCAGGCAGAGAACAGACAAAGAUGUCGCCACCGGAACACGCAAAGAGUGCACUUAUUUAUGAACAGGAGUUUUGAGGUUUACUGCUGCACGUAAAUACCCUUUGCAUCCCCACCCAGUGACCCAUAGUGACCCAUAUCUCGUGUAAUCGUCCACAGUAAAUAAAUAGAUAAAAGCUAGAAAAAUUUCAAGUGGCUUCUGUGGCCGAGGACUGGAGGAGAAAAUACAUCAUGUAGAUUCCUAGGAGAAAAAGACUUUAAGAAGGCAUUCACAGGAAACAAAGAAGUACGUUAUAGUCAUACUUGAUGAUCCCAAUACCUUUUAAAAAAUGUAAUUCAUUAAUCUUUCAAUUUUUAAAACUUGCAGAUAACGGUAUUAACGGUUCUUUGAAAGUGAAUGAACUUGUGUCCUACUUCGCGUUAGUUUUUCCCUCCUCUCUGUGUUCUUUCAUGUACCUGUCAAUUAUCACUAUGCAUGUGUGUAUGCUUGUUUACGUGUUCGUAAUGCCCGUUUCUGUCAUGACACUACCUACUGUCCCUGUAUCUUGUAAAGCACAUUGAGCUCUCCCUAGUGCGGGGAGGUGCGCUAUGUAAAUCCUAUUGUUAUAUCACAGAGGGAGAAGGUGACGUGUUGGUUAACGUUCUGUGCGUCAAACGUACAAACCUCAGCGACAUGUAUAUCCGUGUUUUAGGGGAAAGAAACAUAUAUCUUCAAUAAAAGGAAGACAAAAUAUG